AUGCCUGCCCUAGCCCCAUUUGCCGAACCUCUAUGGUACUAUCGCGACUCAUCGCCAUACUACGAUGAGUCCCAUAGGAAACUCCGUCAAUUCGUGCGCGAAUAUGUGGAGAAUGAUCUGAUGCCGUAUGCUGAGGAGUGGGAGCGAAAUGGCCAAGUCCCUCCUGAAGAUGGAACUACACAUAUCGCUGAUGAAAAAUUGCAACCUUCUAACUUACCUUCUGAAAUUCAGGCUGUUCAAAAAUAUGUGGACAAGGGUUUCGCUAUAAUCAAGCCCACAAAACGGGAAUACAUGGGAGGGAUGACCAUGCCCGCUGGCAUCGACCCAGAAAAAUGGGACGUCUUUCACAAUCUUGUGGUCAAUGACGAGUUGGCGAGAGUCGGGUUUUCUGGCGUGCUUUGGGGCAUGAAUGGCGGGAACGGCAUAGGCUGCCCUCCAAUCAUGAAUUUCGGAACUGAGCAACAGAGGCUCGAGUAUCUACCAAAGGUUGCUCGAGGGGAGAUCCGCUUUUGCCUAGGAAUCACUGAACCAGACGCCGGGUCCGACGUCUCUGGGAUCAAAACCACGGCCAAACGAGUCGGCAACAAGUAUAUCGUCAAUGGAGCAAAGAAAUGGAUCACCAACGCCAUUUUUGCCGACUAUUGCACGGCAGCCGUUAGGACCGGAGGACCAGGCCGUAAUGGCAUUUCUCUACUCAUUAUACCACUGAAAUCCAAAGGUGUCACUCGACGAAGAAUGUACAACUCUGGAGUGAACGCCAGUGGCUCAACUUUCCUUGAAUUCGAUGACGUGGAAGUGCCUGCAGAGAAUCUUAUUGGAAAGGAAAACCAAGGCUUUAAAUACAUCAUGUCAAACUUUAACCCUGAACGUCUCGGGAUGGCGAGCUCCUGCAUCCGUCUCUCCCGCGUUUGCGUCGAAGAUGCUUACAAUUACGCGAUCACUCGGGAAACAUUCGGCAAACCGCUCAUUUACAAUCAGAUCAUCCGGGCUAAAUUCAGCAAAUUCGGCCAACUUAUUGAACCAUGUCAAGCGUUUUUGGAGCAGCUAGCCUACACUAUCCAGCUAAACGCCAAAACCGGUAGGGAGAUCGACGUUGGAGGUAUGACGGCCCUCCUGAAAGUAAUGAGUACCCGCUGUCUGGAGAAGGUCUGCCGCGAGGCCCAGCAGAUCCUGGGUGGUGCAGGGUAUAACAAGGCAGGCAAAGGAGCGAGAAUCGAGGCGAUUAGCCGUGACGUAAGAGUAUUCGUCGUGGGCGGUGGAAGCGAGGAGAUCCUGAGGGAUUUGGCCGUGAGACAGGAGAUAAAAUUCAUGGCAGAAGCCCAACGUGCCAAACUGUGA